AUGGGGCCACACCGCCAGCCCUUGGUCACGCCACCGCGGCAACUCCUCGCCGCCCUCCCUCUCUGCGUCUCCUCUCUCCUCCUCCUGCUCCCCUUCGCCCACGCACAGCCUGUCGCGAACAGCCAACAACCUGCGCUGCGCGCCAUUGCGGACGCGUGGGGGCCGUACAUUCCGCUAACAAACUCGUGGUUUGUCGCCGCCGACUGCGCGCAAUGGGAGGGGCUCAAGUGCAACGCCAUGGGCCAAGUCACCAGCAUGGUAAUCACGGACCGCGCAGGCCUUGCGGGGCAGACCAUUCCCGACGCCGUCGCUCAGCUCUUCGCGCUCGAAACGCUGAGUCUGGACCAUAACCUUCUCGCGGGCCCCAUUCCGCCGUCCAUCGACUACCUCUCCGCCCUCACCAACCUGUCACUGAGCGGCAAUUUCCUGGAAGGUUCCAUCCCUUCCGGUGUGUUCAACCUUGUCAAUCUCCAAGUGCUCGAUCUGAGCACCAACGCGCUCUCCGGGCCCCUCCCCGACAGCUUCUCCCAGCUCAAUCUCCUCUCCACGCUAUCUCUGGGAGCAAACCAGCUAUCGGGUCCCCUGCCCCGCAGCAUCUACUCUCUUUCCAACCUGCAACACCUCCUACUAGGAGGCAACAGCUUGUCGGGUACUAUCUCCGUCGCCGUUGCCAACCUUCGCUCGCUCCUCGCCCUCGACCUUAGCCGGAACUUCUUCUACGGGCGUCUCCCGAACGUGCUUGGCUCGCUGCCAAGCCUCCUCUUCCUGGACGUCAGCAACAACCAGCUCUCUGGCACCCCCAUCUUCUCCUUUAUCUCGCCAUCCAUGGCCGACCAAGCCCAGGCCACGUACGACCUCUCGGGAAACUACUUCAUCACCCCUCCCGCCGCGUAUAUCGCGGGCGAUUCCGAAUUCUGCCCGGCCACACUCAAGGGAGGGUACGGCGAGGCGAACCUUGUCGUCUUCGGCGCGUCGUUUUACGGAAGCCAGAAGGGCAACUGCUUUCUCGGAGGGUACUGGAACAAGUCGGAGAGUUUCACGGACUCGCAGGCGAGGAGCAACUGGCGCGGGUCGAAGCGGGGAGGCGGCGGCCGGUGGGCGAACCGCGUGAACGGCGACGGAUACUAUAACUCAAACAGCAACACCGCUGCUGGCGCUGCUACUGCUGCUCCCACUGAUGGCACCAGCACCACCACCACUCCGACUCCCGGCUCCUCUGGCUGUCCUAUCGGCGAGCAACGCCGGCCAGUCGAAUGUGUAUCCUUCUGCGGCGCGGCUCUCCCCACCGGCCCGUGCAACGGCCUCGGCAUGUGCAUGCUGACUGGCCCUUCCAACGUGCCUACAUGCGUGUGCAACCCGGGGACGUUCAACGCCACGCUCACUGUGCCCUUUGGGAAGGACCAGGUCGUCUCGUACCCGUCCUGCAUGCCCUACCCUGUGGCUGCUGGCCCUCCCCCUACGGGAUCAUGGGACAACACGAGCCUCCGCAAGAGACGGUUCCGAGGGGCCCAGUUGGAUCAAACAGCGCUAGUCUCCGGCUCUUAUUUCAACUCCUACUUCCGCCACGGCUCCCUUGGCUUCACCGGCAACGCCACCUCCCCCAAGUGGCAAAUAACACCCACGGUGGACUGGCGGGCGCAGGUGCCCUUGGUGCUACAGCCGGCCAAGGACCAGGGGCUGUGCUCGGCGUGUUGGAUAUUCGCGCCGGUUGCGGCGGCGGAGGCGCUGUAUGCGAUAGUGUACGGCGCAGCGGCGCCCAGCCUGGCGGAGCAGAAGGCCAUCGACUGCCAGGGCACCUGGUCCUGCACGGGCGGCCGCCCCGACGACGCCUUCAACUACAUCGCCGCUUCCGGUGGCCUUCCCUCCACGGCCUCUUACCCUUACACUGGCGUUCCCAGCUCAGACCAAUGCAAGGUCCUGAGAAGAACUCUGUUCUCUCCAGAAGACAGCAGCAGCAGCGGCAGCUCCUCUGCUGCAGAUGCUGCGUCGGCGCGCCUUGCGUCGAGCCGCCGGCUGCGUGCGAACGGAUGGGGCUCCAGCCUGUUCUGGGGCAGGGGAUCGGAUGGAAGCUUCUCCAUGCCGACGGAGCCAUACGGGAUUGCCAUGUUCGAGCAAGUGCAGAUCCGAGGGUGGAUGGGUAUCGCCAUUGCGGUGCAAGCCCAGCCCGUUGUGGUGUAUGUCGAGGCUCGAUCCGACUCGUUUAUCAAGUUCGUCGGGGGAUUCGUGUAUAACGACCCUGAGUGCUUCUCCUCACAAGUCGUGGACCAUCUGGUGGUGGUGGUGGGGUUCAACCUGCUGGACGCGACGCCCCACUGGAUCAUCCGCAACUCAUGGGGCCCAUCGUGGGGCGAGAAUGGCUACAUGAAGAUCGCCAUUGCGGGCGGCCCCGGCAUCUGCGGCAUGAACACCCUGCCAGGCCUCUACCCUGUCCUUUCAACUCCAGACCCGUGUGGGCCAAUCAACCCAUGUGGCAGCGGCACGUGCACGCCCCUCAAGGCCAAACGCAACGGCGGCGCACGCAACAAGUGCACGUGCCCCUCGGGGUUCACCCCUGUUACCAACCUCGAUAAGACGCAGACCUGCGCCAUUGCCAAUGUCUGCUCCUUCUCUGCUAUGAACCCGUGUGGCUUCGGCACGUGCAUUGACGACAACAAGGGCGGCUACUCCUGCCUCUGCUCGCCAGGCUACGUGCUGGGCCAGCGCACAGACACGUCUCCGACGUGCAUUCCGGGGAGCGUGAUGGUCAAGGUGACUCUGCAAGUGGACAUGACGUGCAACCAAGUGCGCUCCACCUUCCUCAUUUCAGACAAGGAUUUCUCCUCCCUUAACCCCGGAGUUGACUGCCCGAGCACCCUUCCAGCGGGCACCGUUCUCGUGGUGCAGAAUGCGAGCACGGUGGCUACAGGCUGUGUUGUGCCCUACACAAUCAUCGAGGGAGACACAUGCACGCUCGUGGCAAGCACCUUUGGUCUCUCGCUUGCAGAGCUCGCCACUGUCAACCCUGGCCUCAAUUGUGACGCCCUCACCACCGGACAGCAGGUGUGCAUAAAGCUGGGAGCGCCGGUGCCGCAGACCUGUCUCAACACCUACACAGUCAACCCGGGGGAGACAUGCAACGACGUGAUGCUCAACACAUACCCGCCCAUCUCCGCCACUGAGCUCUACCAGUACAACCCCGGCCUCAUCUGCGCUGCUGACGGCUCGCAACGGCUCGUAGGCCAAGAGCUGUGUGUAAACUCUGCCCCGAUCGUGGGUGCAUCCUGCACGUACGGAACGUACACGGUGGUCAAGGGGGACACGUGUGGAGGCAUCAUAUGCAAGAUCUGCAAGUGCAGCAGCACCAACUUCAACAAGUUCAACAGCCCCUACGUGUGCUCGUCCUCAAGUCUCUACGUCGGGAGAGUGCUCUGCAAGUGCCCCCCGUAA